AAAAGUUUGCUAGGGCCUAAACUUUAGUUGUCUCGGGCCUGAACUUUGGUUCAGACCUGAACAUUAGUGAAGUCUAUUGUAGGUGAAAGGUUUUUAGAGGCAGAAUAGAGGAAAAGUAUAAAAGCAGAACUAUCUAUAAUUAUAAGACCUGUGAUUCAUAGUGCUGCAUUGACAGUUUUGGAGAAGUCUGGAAAUCGCAGUAGGACAGACUGUGAAAAACAGGAAAGCUUAGAAACCGCAAUAAGGCAGACUGUGAAAAACAGGAAAGCUUGCUAAGCUAUAUUCCUUUUAUGGAGAAUGUAUUCCAAAUAUAGCAAUAAUGCUGAUAAGACAGUAUGUAUCAUGUAAUUGUGGGUUUAUGCUAUAUAAGCUGUGCAAGAUUCUGUAAUCGGGGGGAUUGCUAGUUUGCUGGUACCCCCCAUGCAUGCAUGAAAAUAAAAAGGCCUCAGGCGAUUCUGAUUCAAACACAACGCGUGGUCAUUUUUCCACAACAAUCUUGGUGCCAGUGACUCGGAUCCACAGACUAUCCACCGGACCAGGAGACCGCGGACCAUUCCCCUCCGAACCCAGCCGGCACUUGAUAGGUUUUUUCUCACAGGUAAAGCAGUGCUAACCAAAGACCCUAGCAGCCCUGCCAUUCAUUGAAACCAGAAGACUGAGUCUACGUAAAGUCCAUCAACGAAAGACUGCUUUGGCUCCAUGCUGGAAAGGCCCUUUCCAAGUCCUGUUAACCACCAACACCGCUGUGAAGUGCCAAGGACUGCCUGCCUGGACCCAUGCUUCUCACUGUAAAAAGACCCCUCCACCUCGGGAGGGCUCUCCAACUGAUAAGCCUAUUUCUCUUUCUAGCUCUGCUGUGCUUUCUGAACAGCAGGGAAAAAGGACAAGGUGAAGUGCUAGUAACGUCUCCCUUGUCCACUGACAGACCUACUGUGCCUUUGGAUUUUUCUGGAAGAAGCAAAACCAUUACAGGGUGAUGUGCUAGUAACCUCUCCCCUCUAUGAUGCUGAACCAUGACUGUUUCAGGAAAAGAGAAGAAGGAACACUCGCUCCAUUGAAAUCACCAAAGUCCAGGGAUUCCUGACUACAAAAGAUAUUAAGAACUGACCCUAGUAAAGAAGCAAAGAAUUACACACUGGCAGAAAAAAACUUGUGGGACCCAUGCUUGGGAAUGUGGUAUUGAUUGGAUUUUGGGGUUUAUUCUACAGGCUGUGCCCUGUGUUUUGGAUAAGUCCUUCAGCAUGUAUUGCCCUCCCUAAUUGAAUUUUAAAUGACAAGUACCAAAGGCACCUUGUUGCCACUGCCCCUGCCAUCUCCUCCAUUACACUAUUACCCCUGUAACACAUCCAAAUACAGAUAGUGCCAUAGAUUUGAUAAAACCAAUGGCCAAGGCCUUCACACUUUAGUGAUUUAUUUAAAUAUUGUUUAGAAAAAGAAAUUAUUUUUAAGGUUCAGGAUAUCCCAUAUAAGUGAACAAUUGAAUGGAAAACAAGUGGAUCAGUGGAGAUAAAAGUAUAUGAUAUCUCUACCAGUGAACCCCAAGAAUUUGUAAUUGCAAUUGAUGGGUUCUAUAGCAAAGUAGACAUGAUGGCCAUCCCCGGGGUUUGUAACACCUCAACAGGGAAAGGUCCCUUUUGUUAUUUAGUCAUCCAAUUAAAAGGGGGUCAAAUAUAUACCCAAAGGCUCUGUUCAACCUCAAGAAAUUUUAAUUGUAUUCACACAAUUCCUGUGACCAUUGAUGUAACCUGUACCCUAUUGCAGUAUGCCCCACCCUAUGUUUUUAGAGUUAACGAUUUCCAAAAAUAUGUGAAGGUGUUCAGUCAGCAAAUGUGGUAUAAGACUAACCCUAAAAGGGAUAUAUAUGGAAAUCGAUGGACCAUAAUCAAUGCCACCCUGGGAAUCAUAAGAUUUAUGUUAUCUUUGUCUAGUUUCCAAAUUACUUUUAAAUAUUAUAACUAUUCAAGGGGAGCUGCUCUCCGAAUAGCUCAACUACGGGCAUGGGCUUUCCCCAAACGAAAAAGAGAUUUAACUGGACAUCUGUGGGAUGGAGCUAAUGGUGUAGCUACAAUUUGGAAUAUCUAUAAAAACCAACAGCAUGCAGAAAAAUUGGGCCAAUUAGAAAAGGCUUCAGGACUUAUUACAGGGGCACAACUAACCCAGGUGCAAGCCGGGGUAGGUGAAUUACAUGUCAUUUCCGCCCUUGGUUCCUUAACCCAGAGACUUCUGGCAGAGAUGGUAUGGAACAUCACUGGUGCUGGGGAGGCAUUGCAGUGGGACACAGCAUGUCUAGAGAUCCAGGAUUUUCUGAAUGAGCAAUUAGCAACCAUUCGAAGUGAUCUCGAACACCAGGCCUGGCCCACUGCCCUCACAGACACCUCAGGAGUACCAUCUGAUCUGUGGCCAUGGAGACAUACCUGGAGGUUUUCAGGGUGGAGAUGUGUACAGUCCCAAUGCUCCUUCCAGGCAUAUGGACCAGUUAAAGAGAUAUGGGCACCUACUUACCGAAUCCUGCCUGGUCCAUGGGGAGGAUGCAUCUGGGACUGGGUGAUUCACCGAGAUAUAUGGGAAAUAAAACCACCUGGUUUACCUAGCCGAUUUAUAGUCGGUGCCCCUGAAAUAACACCCAAUAUUUGGAUUAGAUUAGGAAACCAAUGGACACUCUGGCCAUUGGAACCCUCACAGACCCAAUGUAUAUGUAAACUCAAACCAGGGAAAGUUGUCACUGUCCAUAACAAUGUUUGUUGGGAAGGUAAGGGACUGGGAAACCUCCUGACAGAAGUCAUGAUCUUCCAGGUUAAUAACAGCUGUGUAUUUGUUAAGGCCCAUAUUGUACACAACACCCAUUUUAACCUCACUAUGACUGCAGGCAGCCAUGUUAUUUAUUGGCCUUUGGAUAAAAAUUUGCAAUCUACUCUCUGGUUCGAGAUGCCCUUUAACUGGACAACCCUGGUACCAGACUGUUUCCAAAAUCUGCUUUCAUUGAUACCCAAGGUCCAGAAAAUUUCUGAUUUAUAGGGACAAAUUCAUAUCCUCGAAAAUGUGUAUCAAACAAAAAAAGGUGCCUUUCAGACCACCUAUCGAUUGUCUUCUUUGUGUACUAGUCAAGACAUGUUGUGUGCAGUAACCAAAAUUGUAUACGAGACACACCAUGUUGUUGUUAUAAGCGGAUUGAUUAUUGUAUUAGGAUUGUUUGGUUUAGGAUUAUGUUUUUGUUAUUGUUGUUGCAAAAGAUAUUGCUGUGCCUGUAAUUUUUCUGCUAAGCCUAUUGCGAGAGAGCAGGUAGCCUUAAUGAUUGUUAAUGAGGUUUAUGAUAAAAGUUGGGAUGAGAUAAGAGAAAAGGAAAAGACAGAAAUUAGAGGGCUCAUGAAUGUGGAAGUUUAGGCCAAGGGUGGCGCUGGAAGCGCCAAAGGGGGGAAUUGUGGAGGAAAAAGUUUGCUAGGGCCUAAACUUUAGUUGUCUCGGGCCUGAACUUUGGUUCAGACCUGAACAUUAGUGAAGUCUAUUGUAGGUGAAAGGUUUUUAGAGGCAGAAUAGAGGAAAAGUAUAAAAGCAGAACUAUCUAUAAUUAUAAGAC